AUGUAUCGAACUAUUUUUACAAUUCUUCUUCCCUUUAUUAUCACCAAAUCUAUAAUUGCUUCAUUUUGUGGCAAAUCAGGCGUUCCCUACAGCCUUGAAAUUCUGUCAAAUGGAGCACCCGUACUUGGCUGUGCCCAGCCAAGUUGUGUGAUUUAUGCGGUGGAUGAGAAUGGAGAAUUUCAAGAAGACAGUCAAUUUCUUACGGAUGCUAAUGGUCAAUCCGAUGGAUUUUUCCGUGAAGGCGACAGGGCAGUGAAGCGUUAUAGACAUCCUUCUGGUGCUAAAAUAGUGGCAGUAAGUUAUUAA